UGGUUGAAUUUUGAUUGAACGAAGAAACGUUCGGAAUUUCGGAUUCGGAACGGUACAUCGUCUUUUGGAGUGCUUUUUCAUCUAAAAUGACGAAGGGUACAUCCAGCUUUGGUAAGCGGCGUAAUAAGACGCAUACGUUGUGCAGGAGAUGUGGACGUAGCUCCUAUCACAUCCAGAAGUCACAAUGUGCACAAUGUGGCUAUCCUGCUAAGAAAAUGCGUUCAUAUAACUGGUCGAUCAAAGCAAAGAGGAGGAAGACCACUGGUACUGGCCGCAUGCGUUAUCUUAAGAUCGUACGCCGUAAAUUCAAGAAUGGAUUCAGGGAAGGUUUACCAAAACCCAAAGCUGUUGCAGCUAAGUAAUACAUUGACUUCCCUCUGUCUUAUUGUCUAAUUAAGUUGUAAUUUUGACUAUCCAAUAAAAAAUCCAAUUACAAAAUUA